AUGAUGCGGUUGCAAGUAUCGCUUUCCAUUCAUCCGCGAUAAAGAACCCGAACCCGAACCCGACCUGACCUGACCCCUCUCACACUGCAGGACCAGCCACCUGCUCCUGCCACCGGACCAUCCCCACGCGGCUCAUUCGACCGCGCUGACCACUACGGCGUCGCACCCACAACUACGCGACCUCGUCGUCUGUCCACCCGAGGACCCAGACGCGGUCGUCGUGGUGUGCUACGACCGAAUCGUGCGACAUUCCCUCUUGCACAAUGUCAGUGUUGCUGCCUGAUGGGUCCCCCGUCGGCGCUCAUCGUCGCUCGUUCGCGCGCGUCACGUGGCCCCGCCCCCACACUUGCAUCACGUCACCCUGCGCCAACGCUCGCCAUCGUGAUCUGGGGAACGGCACCCGUGAACUGAACUUGGCUUGUCCCCAUCCCACCCAGGUUGAUCCGAUCGUGACCAAACUCAAUUUCUGCCCUUCGACGUUGGCCUAUGGCUGUGGCUUGAUCGCCGUCGGCGGCCAACUGUCCGAACUCGCGCUCAGGUCCGCCCAUCCCGACGCGACCUGGUCAGUACCCAGGGUGCGCAGCCACGCCAUCCCUUGCGAUUUCUCACUCUGGAAACCCCUCUUUCCCAGGUCACAUCAAAUCACCGACUCGUCCGCUGGCUCGAUCAACAACUCGAUCUUCAUCGGACCCAGUCCGCUCCUUCCCGAUCGACCGCGUCUGCUCGUCAGCAACAAUGACGCCUCCAUCAAGAUCUAUGACGUCGCCGGCGAGGUACCCGAUUACAGAGCGGGAGUUAGAAGACGAAAGCGCACCCGGCGGCAGCUGCAUCUCGGUGGCUCCUCGGAACGAUCCAUGACCCUGACUCCGGUCGGACGGGCCGAGUGGGGGGGCCGAGUCGAUGCGACCAUGUCCGAUUCUUCGACAUCCCACACUCCGAUCAGAUCUUCAUGGCUCGAUCAGAGCACGAACAGGGCCGAGGAAUUAUCCAACAACUCGGCUUCGAACGAAUCCAUAGAGGAGCAUGGCACAUACGAUACUGGGGGUACUUGCCGCCUCGUUCCCCUGGGCCACUCUCACGAUCUCCACUUUGACACGGCCAUCAACCACACUUCGGUCUCCCCCGAUGGUCGUCGACUCGUCGCCGUCGGCGACACGAACGAAGUUUUCCUCUACGACGUCUCCCUUUUGGGUGAAUACACCUUUGUGCACUCGUUCGAAGCCUCCGAGGACGCGUCGUUCUCGAGCGACUGGUCCCAAACGGGGGACAAGUUCGCCGUCGCAAGUCAAGAUGGUUACGUCCACGUCUACGACGUACGCUACAUGCCCAGAUCAGGAACCGGUCCUUCCGAAUCCCCACCCAGGAAAUUAGCGACGAUCAAAUCGACCCAAACGGGGCCUCCGGGAGCGGUUCGCAAGGUCAAGUUCAGUCCUGGGAAUCGCGUCGAUGGGGAAUUGCUCGCGUUUACGGAACACCGUUCAAAGGUCCAUAUCGUCGAUGCGAGGACAUGGGAUCAAUCUCAGAUCGUUGAGGUAUUGCCUCCAAGGAAUCCGGAUGGGGUUUAUUCGUUGGGACAAGAGGUGCCGUUGCCCCCUCCUUCGAGAAGACCCGUGCAGGACGAGGGCCAGGCGAAUGGGAAUGCGAAUGCGAAUGCGAUGGCAUCGACGAGUUAUGGGACCCAGGACGUCGCGUACAGGAGGUUGCUUCAGGGUGCGACGGGCCUUUUUUCUCGGGAGGCGAUAGAAGUGAGCCAACGAUUGCGUGAACGGAGCAUGGCUGAUAAUGCGGAGCAAGAAGGCACGACGGCGACGAUCAUGCAUUCGCGACGGAGGCCGGGCCAAGGAAGGGGGAUGUAUGAAGAUGAUGAUGAAGAGGAGGGAGACGAAGAUGAAGAAGACGAUGAAGAUGAAGAAGGGGAGGAAGAGGAAUGCCCACCCGAUACAUCAACGAUCUUCAUCCGGUCCUCUGCACCCGCGAACGUCGCUCCGACCCUCUUGAAUCGUUUCCUCCCUGAUCCUCGACAACCAUCUUCAACGCAAACCUUUGGUUCCGCCCCGCCCCUCCCCCUUCCCCGACCACCAACAAUCACAGCAGCCCGUUCCCCACCCCCAGGCUGGCGUCCAGGUCUAUCAGGCUACACGCCCCUAUCGAGCUACUCGACCUUCAUCUCCCCCGGUCGAGCAGGUUCAAGAAGGACGGGCUAUCAACCUACUUCCCAGUACUUCCCUACGGAUAGUACGCCGAUGGAUUUGUUGGGCUUGGAUUGGGAUGAAGAAGGGGGGAGGUUGGUGGUGGCUACUGAAGGGAGGGUUUGGGAAUGGAAUGUGGAUCGGAGGGAGAGGAGGUGUUUUGGCGGGGUGGAGUGGAGAUGA